AUGGCAACAGAAGGCAUACAAUUCCCCAUGACGCGGGACUUUGCCAGCCCAUCCAACGACCCAACACACCCCGGCCGACGCUCCUCAUCCUCAGAUACCACAACCCUCGAUGCCGAAAAGCCCGCACCCCUCCACCGCGCGCCAACAGCCGAAGACAUAGUCAACCUACCUACUCGCACUCUCUCCAACGAUGCCAACCUCGAAGAAUACACACAAGAAACCAUCUCAGGGCAGAUGAUGCGCGAAGUACGGUCCAACGCGGGCAAGGUCGAGAAGUACGACUUGGUCACUUUUACCAUUGACGACAAGGAGAACCCGAAGAAUUGGAGCAAGGCGUACAAGUGGUGGUGUACCAUGUGUGUUGCGGCGACUUGCUUUGUUGUUGCGUUCAACUCGGCGGUCAUCACAGCGGAUCUGGAAGGUGUGAGUGCGGAGUUUGGGGUCAGCGAGGAGGUGGCGUUGUUGACUAUUACGCUUUUCGUUGUUGGGUUCGGUGUUGGACCUAUGGCUUUUGCGCCGGCGUCUGAGAUCUGGGGGAGGAGACCGGUGUAUGGUGUCACGCUUGCUUUGGCUGUCAUCUUCACUAUUCCUGGAGCUGUCGCGCAAAAUAUUGGAACGUUACUGGUGACGCGCUUCAUUGCUGGUGUGGCGUUCUCGGCACCCAUGACGCUUGUUGGUGGAACGCUGGCGGAUAUGUGGAGAUCGGAGGAGAGAGGUGUUCCCAUGGCAGCUUUCAGUGCGGCGCCGUUCAUCGGCCCUGGUGUUGGACCUUUGGUCGGCGGUUACCUCAGUCAAGCUGGUGGAUGGCGCUGGUUAUACUGGAUCCAACUCAUCCUCAGCUUUGUCGUCUGGAUCCUCAUCACCUUUACCGUACCGGAGACAUACGCGCCCAAGAUUCUGGACAGGAGAGCGAAGAAAAUGCGCAAGGAGACGGGCGAUGACAAGUUUGUCACAGAACAGGAUCUCGACAUGCGGCCAUUUAGCCAGCGCCUCCAGCUCUUCCUCCUUCGACCCUUCCAGCUGCUCUUCCGUGAGCUCAUCGUUUUCCUGAUCACGCUCUACAUGUCGGUUCUGUACGGUCUCCUGUACAUGUUCUUCGUCGCAUACCCGAUUGUCUACCAGAAGGGCAAGGGCUGGAGCGCAGGACCAACAGGUCUCAUGUUCAUCCCGCUCAUCUGCGGUGUUCUGCUCUCCGCUGCAUGCGCACCGCUCGUCAACAAACACUACAUGAAACUGGUAGAGAAGCACAACGGCCACCCACCAGCGGAAGCGCGUCUGAUCCCCAUGAUGUGCUCAUGCUGGUUCAUCCCAAUUGGAGUCUUCAUCUUUGCGUGGACAAGUCAGCCCGAGACCCACUGGGCAGGUCCGGCAUUCGGCGGUGGCUCUGUGGGCUUCGGCUUCAUCUUCCUGUACAACUCAGCCAACAACUACCUCGUCGAUUCGUACCAGCACCAAGCUGCGUCAGCGCUGGCGGCGAAGACCUUCCUGCGCAGCUUUUGGGGAGCGGCUGUGGUGUUGUUCACAAACCAGAUGUACGAGCGUUUGGGCGAUCAGUGGGCCAGUUCUCUCAUCGCUUUUAUCGGGCUGGCGUGCUGCGCGAUUCCUUUCUUCUUCUAUUUCUACGGUGCGAAGAUCCGUGAGCGUUCUCACUAUGCCUAUAGUGAGGAGGACAGGAACAAGGAGGAGAAGCUGGGAGCUUAG